AUGUUUUUCUCACAGGGAGCAGAGUUCGAGUUUGAGGAGACGUUCAUGGUUGUCAACGGCCACGAUGUCUCGCUUCCCACGUUUAUAUCGUACGUUCUGGACUGGGCAUUCUACAUUGUUAUCCUUUUGGGGGCCAUAUUCUAUGGAGUGUUUGGAACGCCGCGGACAAGCGACUUUGACGUCAGAGAUACGUCAAUCAUGCACAUGUACGUUCAGGAGGCCAAGACUCUAGCUCCAAUAUGGCUGCUUGUGGUCAUGGCCGUUGUGGUGCCGAUUUUGGCAGUGGUUCUGGCGGGCUCUCUGGUCACCAAGCUGCCCCCUUCCCGCAAGGCAUGGGACAUCCAUUGCGUGCUGCUUGCAAUGAUGGGCGCCUCCGCGUUUCAGCUGUUCACCGUGGUUAUUCUGAAGAACGUCUCUGCGCUUCCCCGUCCCGACUUUCUCACCAGAUGCGUUCCCUUCACAUUUGCUUCGCAGCAGCUGGGCUCGCUGAGCACAAUCGGAAUCUGUGCAAACCCGUCUCACAGACUCAUUUUUGAGGGAUUGAGAAGCUUCCCAAGCGGCCAUGCGUCGACAAUCACUACGACAUCCACUGUCCAAUUUCUGUUCACCGCAGGUAAACUCAAUCUGUUCGAUGGCAGAGGUCUAUCCUGCAAAAGCAUCAUCUCCUUGAUGUAUCCGAUCAUCAUUUCGUCCACUGUUGGGUUUUCCAGGGUCUCCGAUAACAGACAUUUUGUUCGAGACGUGGUGGCAGGCAUGGGCGUGGGCGUUUUGUACGGCGUCCUAUUCUACUCCCUGUACUUCCCCUUCCCCUUGAUCACCGAAAAUCUUGGCAGAGCAUACCUGCCCCGCCGAUUCGGUGUGAAUGACCUCUUCAAUGGAGUUGGAGGCUUUUGGAAAGUGCCAGAUCUGCCUGGUGCUCCAGCAGACAGAACAGAGGUCCCUGGCUACUACCAGGAACAAACUCAAAAAGACCAAGCCGCAGCGCCGUCACCACAAACAGAGCAAAAACCUCCACCUACCAGGAUAAGCAUCGACACGUCCAAAGUCACCACCAAACUCAAUGACCUGGCACAAUCGUUGCGGAAAUGA